GUUAAGGGUAUAAUGGAGUUGUUUGCUGGGUGCCGUGGAGCGUCCCGGUCAUUGCGCAGUUCCGUUCCAUCGGCGAUGCAGUUUUUCCUCCUUUUUUCCUGCUUUUUAGUUGCAGGUAUUUUUGCUUCGCAGAUCUCUGCGGAGCACGGCGAAACAGAGACGUAUAGCGAGCUACGCAGCAAGGGAAAUGAUCCUACUGAGCAAGUACAGGGCGAGGAGUACGACCCCAUUGAGCAGGUACAGGGCGAGGAGUACGACCCCAUUGAGCAGGUACAGGGCGAGGAGUACGACCCCAUUGAGCAGGUACAGGGCGAGGAGCACGACCCCAUUGAGCAGGUGCAAGGGGAGGAGAACGACCCUAUUGAGCAAGGCGAGGAGUACGACCCCAUUGAGCAGGUACAGGGUGAGGAGUACGACCCCAUUGAGCAGGUACAGGGAGAGGAGUAUGACCCCAUUGAGCAGGUACAGGGCGAGGAGCACGACCCCAUUGCGCAGGGCGAGGAGCACGACCCCAUUGCGCAGGGCGAGGAGCACGACCCCAUUGCGCAGGGCGAGGAGCAUGACCCCAUUGCGCAGGGCGAGGAGAACGACCCCAUUGCGCAGGGCGAGGAGCACGACCCCAUUGCGCAGGGCGGGGAGCACGACCCCAUUGCGCAGGGCGAGGAGCACGACCCCAUUGCGCAGGGCGAGGCGCACGACCCCAUUGCGCAGGGCGAGGAGCACGACCCCAUUGUGCAGGUGCAGGGCGAGGAGCACGACCCCAUUGUGCAGGUGCAGGGCGAGGAGCACGACCCCAUUGAGCAGGUGCAGGGCGAGGAGCACGAUACCAUUCAGCAGGUUGAGACGGAGAUACACAGUGAGGAAAAUGUUCCGGUUCAACCUCCAAUACAACCAAGGCCUUACCCUGUGAAGUUUAUUCCGCCUUACGGCAUCCCAGUGCCUGUCACUCCCUUUCCUUUCAAGCUGCUUAGCCCUCGGGUGAUCCCUGUCAACGCGCUCGUGCCGCCUGAGCUCCAAAAGGUCAUGAAUCCCAAGCCUGUUCCUAUGCCCCGGCCGCUACCCAUUAGUCUUGCUGCAGCGGUCCGCGUGUUGUGCAGCGAAAACAAAAUGUACGUGAGGGUAAGGACUGACCUGUACGGAUUCAAGUGUAAAGCAGGCCAGUUGACUCUGGGGACCAGCUGCAGAAGCAAUGGAGUCUCUGGUGGGUAUCUUCUCUUUACAUAUGGCCUCAAAGAAUGUGGAAGCCAGGCGUCUGUGAGUAUCCCAUGCCGUAGAGAGUUCUGACUUUACAUAUUUCUA